CGAGAAUAUCUGCCUCAUCGCGCACCUUCGGAUGCACAUCCAACUGUCGCAGUAUUUGCAUUUUAAGUGAACCAAAUGAAACCGUCAAUAGAAAAAGAAACGUUGGCCGAAACUACCCUCAGCGGGCCGACUUUUCCCGCAACUCACACAUGACAACACGACAGGCCAGGAAACGUGGCAAACGACGAAUCAUCAUUGGUUAACUCCGACACAAACAUAUCCGGUUACGAAUCAUAGAUCUCGAAUACGUUCGCUAUGUCGUUUAAACUCUGUACGAAUAAAGAUGUUUCUUGGGAUGCAACGUUUGCUUUAGCAGCGGCGAGAAGAUAAAACUAAUGAAAAAUGUUUAUAUGAAUAUUCAUUCCGUUCCACCUUGUCCAUACGACUGAUGUAAUUAUGCUGAUUGUAUUUGUUCAAGGUGCUGGUAGAAUAAAAAGGAGGACAUUUCUCUUAAACAUUCAGCAAUAAAUUUUAAUACGACCGGUUUGAUUACCGUUCUCACUGGUUAUGUCAAACGCAACUUGUCGCGUUAAUGAAAAUGCACCAUGGAAAUGGUAAACGAGAGUUUACGAUCGAAUACUGAACAUUAAUUGUUGAAUUGAAUAGUGAAAAACACGUGCGUUCCAUGGAUAAAUAUGAAAUGAAACAAUUCCAAGGGCUCACGGCACGAAUCUUGAAAUAUAAAUACGAAAACUUUGUUUCAAUGAAAAAUGAAUCGUAUAAUAAGUUAUAUAGUUAUGGACAUUAAGCACGUGCUUUAAUUGUUUAAUAUGUUUGCUAGCCUUCAAAGGAUCGAUGAUGUAAAUAAUGACAAUGUUAAGAACAGAAACAGUGCCACAGAAAACUUUGUUGUCUAGUAGAAGGGGUACUUAAUCCUUUAUCUCUGGAAGAAGUAUACAUUGAUUAAUUGUGAUAUAUGAUAAAUUAAAAGAAGUAUAAGGUAUUGCCCUUCUAUGUUAUUAAUUACUUUAUUGUUAUGAAAUAAUCGUAUAACAUCCUAAGCUGUUUAAAGACUUGUAACAUUGAAAACAUGAAUUCACAUUGUGAUAUUGUGAACAAGAGACUAUAUCAUCGUGGACAAAUUGAUGUAAUAGACAUGCCAUUGAAAUUAACUAGCAAUUAUAAGUAUUUUUUCGUGUAUGAAGAUCAAGUAUCUAAAUUUGUUGUGUUGAAAGGAUUACACGAAAAUACUGCAAGCGAGGUGGCUAUGAAACUUUCAGACAUAUUAGCCAUUAUUGGGGCACCACAGGUUUUACAAAGUAACAAUGGGCGUAAGUUUGCAGAGCAAGUUGUACAGGAAUUACGCCUUUUGUGGAAGGAUUUUGUUAUUCUUCAUGGCGAAAUGUCUGAAAACAAAGAGACCAAUAGAGAUUUUAAGAAUUUACUCGAAUGUUGGGCCCAGAGAAACCCUACGAAAACAUGGUAUGAAGCUCUGAAGCAUGUACAGAUUUUACAAAAUUCUACAUUUCAAUGCGAAAAUGGUAAGAUUCCGUACGAUAUAAUGUUUGGAAGGAACGUGCACGAAGAAUUUCAGAAGAGAACCAGUGUGGUAGAUACGAAGGAAAAUAUAUGGACAGAAGAAGAAUGGAUUAAUCUCUUAUCUAACAAGUCUACUAAAAGUGAAAACGAAAGGACUGAAUUCACUGAAAAUUCAGAUUCUGUAGAGAUUAGAGAUAUAGAUAGUUCACGGGAUGGUGACAGUGAUUCUACUAAUGAAGUCAGAAACGAGCUUCCAAGAGAGCCUCCUGGUUUUAACUUCGUCAACGUUAAAAGCGAACCCUUAAAUAUGCAUACCGAAGAUUCUGUGUUCGAAGAUGAAUCAACGGAUGACAAAACGAACUCAACUUCCGAGAGUCAAGAUUUGAAAUGCAAAGUAUGCCAGAAGCAGUACAUGAAACUUGGUCACCUGAAGAAUCACAUGAAAUCGCAUGCCAAAGGAAAGAAGUUCGAGUGUAACUUAUGCAACAAAACGUUUCACGUGUUAAGUUUAUACGAGAAACACACGCGACAAUCCCAUAGACAAAACAAGCUGCACACUUUGAACAGAACGAGAAGAAGUAAAAAUCUUUCACAGGAGGAAACAGUGUCGAGCACGAAAUCAUCAGAAUUGAACAACUCUUCGGACGUGAACUUGGACGAGACCGAAUUUAACGUUACAGAGGAGAGUCCUAAAGCGUCGAAACGUUUGUGUCUUCUCAAGGAAAGGAAGAAAGUCGCCUCCGAGAAAGUGAACAACGGAGAGCCAUCCUUGGAGUGCACCUAUUGCAAGCAGAAAUUCAAUUUCCCUAGCGUGCUGAAGAGGCACAUGCGAUCUCACACAAACGAAAGACCGUACAUCUGCGAGAUUUGCAAUAAAAGCUUCAAACAGUUGGGACAUCUGAGUCAGCACUCGUUAACGCACAAGGAUUACCGUUCGUUCCACUGUGCGGUCUGCGGGAUAAAGUUCGACUCUUUAGGCUCGUUGAAGGUGCACACGCAGACGCACAAAGAGGACUACAUCUCGAAGCCGAAAGAGUCGUUCCGUUUGUUCGAAUGUGACAAUUGCAAGAAGGUCUUCACCACCAAGAGCGUGCUGGAGCGACACAUACUGACUCACUCCCACGAGCGUCAGUUUGCUUGCAUCGUCUGUGGGAAGAGAUUCAAGCAGGCUGGCCACGUGAAGUCGCACAUGUUGGUUCACACUGGCGAGCGGAAGUUCGAGUGCACGGUCUGCAAGAAGAGAUUCAGCCUCUCGAACUCCUUGAAGAAGCACAUGUACGUGCACAACGGGGAGAAGCCGUACCAGUGCGACAUAUGCGGUGCACGGUUCCUCGAGAAGAGGAACCUGAACGGUCACCUGAUGACCCACACGAACGAACGUCCGUUCCGCUGCAAGAUCUGCGGGAAACGGUACACGCUGGCGGACACUCUGCGCCGUCACAUAAGCGCCGCCCACGAGGAUGGACGCACGUACCAGUGCGAGAUCUGCGCGAAGAUGUUCAAGCAGCUGGCACACCUUUCUGUCCACAAGAAAGUGCACAACGACGAGAGACCGUUCCAGUGUCAUCUGUGCGAGAAGAACUUCAAGCAUAAAAACGUCCUGAAGUCUCACUUAGCCAUCCACGCGAAUGUCAGGCCGUUCGAGUGCGACGUUUGUAAAGCUACAUUCGUGAGGAAGACCAACCUGCAGACGCACAUCGCGUCGGCCCACAUGAACGAGAGGCCGUACGUCUGUACCAUCUGUGGGAAACGGUUCAAGCAGAUCAGUCACCUGAACGGUCACGUGGUGGUGCACAGCAAUCUGAUGCCCUAUCAGUGCGACUACUGCGACCGACGCUGCAACAGACUCGACAAUUUAAAGAAACACAUGCGCCUUCACACGAAGAACAAAGAAGGCGUGGUGUAAAACCAAGGCGAACCUUCCCCGUAAUUGUUAUGUAGAGUACAGAACUUGUACGACUGUUUCAAUGUGAAAUAUUUAAUCGAUCCAAGAACCCGAAUACGCGAGUACUCGACUUUCUGUGUAUCAAUAAUUAAGAUCUCUGGACAGCGGGCAUGUUUCCGUUUAACCGGAUCGAGCCUCCUCUGCCAGAGAUAAUAAUUACGUCUAUAGACAUCGAAUAUUUUUAUAUAUUGAGUAGAAUCUCGUGGACGUAUUAUACAUACGACGGACAAAUUUUACUAUCCUUCCUCUGUAUUUUUUACUAAUCUAUAUCGUAAGCUCUUUCUCGUUAGUAAGACUUAGGGAACGACGAUGAUCGAUGUGUUGCGUAAUUGUACAAAUACGAAGAAUCAAUGAUAUAUACUCGAUUUAUCAUUGUGCUCUUUCUUUUAAAUAAACAUCCUCA